AUGGCGUCCGUGGAAGCCCAUGACGCGUACUGUCGUCUCGCUGAUGACCUAGAGCAAUACUGGUCAGCAGAUGAAGACCUGAAUCGCACGCACGCAGCCAUAAUAUCAAGCUUGAAGUCAGCCAGUGAUCAUCCGAAUGUUGGUAGGCAACAAAUCAUGGCACUCAUGCCUCCAUUCGCACGGCAUGUGGGAGUUAUAGUCCAGAAAGGACGGCCGGAAGAUUUCCAAAGUGCGAUCCUCGGUACCCUGGCAGAUGCGACCCGCGAAGUACCAAUCUGGCGACCUCUGUUUGGCCUGGCAGAGAGGCCUGAUCGCGCCAUGAACCUGAAGCAGAUGAACAGAGACACUCCACCGGACUCUAUCCUCGAAGUGGCCAGACGAAUCGUUGCGCGAACAAUCCAUGUCUCGUCAAGUGAAGAAAUAAGGUCCGCCCUUCGGAUAAUAGCCAACAGCUGUGCAGACAACAACGUCAACCGGAGCAGCUUCAUUGGCCGAGAUGGAAUAGAAGCACUACUCGAACUUCUCAGACUCAGAAAAGACUGCGACCUUGUGAUACCGGUGCUCUACAACGUCUGCGUCGAUUUUGAUGAACCGGCAAUGGAUGUGCACGGCAAACCCUGGGCCCCCCUUCCGCAGAUGCGAGCAGCCAGCGGCGAGAUCUCCACUCCUUCAACACUGAGUAUGGCAGAGCAGAGACUGGGAACGUACCGGUUCCCACACGAGAACAAGACAUCGUUCCAGAUCCUCCUGGAGGCCAGAGAGCAGGCAGAGGAUUGUGCUGAGACGCUCGCAGACCUGAUCGAGAUGGCCAGCCGCGUUGCGUUGUAUGGCACGCGGUGCUUUGCUCAAGAGCACGACGGGAAUGAGCCAGGCGAUAUCAUCGAGGUGGACACGACGGUUGAUAUAGUCCGCUUACUCCUGUCACAAGGUGCCGAUCUCGCAGAAGGGAACAUUGAGUGCCGCGUCUCUAUAUGUCAGGCGGUUCUCAACCUUCUUUCUCAACAAGAUACCCACACUACAGUGAUCAACAGCGACAACGCCAUACGCAAGUUAAUCUACCUACCUUACCCACCCACACACGUACAAGGUACUUUGAAGCCAGAGGAAGAUGAUGAGGAGGAAGAAAAUGCGCUCUCACCCUAUCAGAAAGAAAUCUUGAAGCUGACCUACACCAUCUCGGCAACAGAGGCUUAUGCGGAGACAUUUGACAUAGGUUCACGUCUGAUCCAAAGCUGCAUACUGGAUCUGGACAGAUUUCUAGACGACCAAUCUACACCCACUUCACCGCCUGCUUCUGUUCCUCUGGCUAGCAUCUGUGUCUUGCUAGCCAAUUGCAUCAACACAACCGACCGGGCCAAGAAGCUGCUUCGUGAUGGCCCCGACAUUGCGCUCGUCCUGCAAUCACUCUUCAUCAAAAUCUCCGACCCAGAGAUUCUCCUUCCCGCUGUCGAUCUCGCGGCCCGGUUGGCUCUGUGUCCUGAAGGCCAAGACGCAUUCUGCAAGGGUCAGAUUAGCAUUUUUCUUGCGAUUGCGCAAAUACUUCACAACGGGGCCAGCGAAGUCGACACCAUAGGACUCGAAGUACAGCGCAAUGCCGUAGCACUCGCAAGACUCCUUGUUAAGGGCCAGAGCGAAGACGUCUUGUCGAAAUUCAGCAUAGGUUCGAGACAUGCUCACCAUGCGGGUGAUCUGUUCACCGCCACCAGUCUGACCUCGGAGGUAUACAGCCUUUGGGACCGGACCACUGACGCCCAAACAAAGAUCGAGAUAGGAAGGUUGUUCAUCGAGAUCCUACGCACGAUACAUGGCCCCAAAAGAAACCCAGCUGUGCGGAUUGCCACAACGGUCGCCGAGCAUAAGACAGCGCAUGCACCAACUCAGCCACCCACUUUCUCGCUUACAGACGAAUUCAAUGGUCUCGAUGUCUCAUCCGCUACACCUAUGGCCGGAAUCUUCGAGGAUAAAGUGGCGGAGAUGAUAACCUACACGCUCGCUCAGCCUCAAGGCCAACUUCAAUCUCAACCUCAACCUCAGCCUUCCCCACUGGCAUCAAUGCAGACACAGCAACACGACAAUAACGCCCAAGCUCAGGCUCAAGCUCAAGCUCAGGCCGAAGCCGAAGCCUGGUUCGGCCUCGCCCUCCUCUCCACCAUGACCUCCGCUCGACCUUCCAUCAGAGCGACCCUCGCCCGCAACGACUUCAACAUCCUGAAACAGCUCCGGCAGAUCGUCGCCUCAAACGCUUCGCCCGUGAUGAAAGAAGAUGGUACCAAACCCCCAAACCCGGCCGACCAAACUGUUGGGCAGCAGAGGCAGAGGCAAGCGCGACAAGUCAUUGCAGACCCACGGUACGAGAACAUCAAGGUCCUCGUUGUGAAGAUGCUGCAAACGGAACAGCAGCAACAACAGCAACUGCCGUCGCCAUCGCCGUCGUGGAAGCAGACGCCAGCGCCAGGUCUACAACGCCAUUUGAGCAGAGAGGAUGAGCUCGUGCAAGAGGGCCUCGAAGCUGCGGCCACAGAGAUGGGUCUAGACUGGGUUGUUGUCUAA